AUGCUCAGAUACACUCUCCAUGCGACUGCGGCAGCUCGCGUAUGUUCUCUCUUCCACCAUCGACUCUCAAUUCACCAAUCGAAGCAGCUCCGGGACGUAUCCGACUUGACCCAAUCCCAAUUAGUCGACCGCAUUUGCCGUCUCCUCGUACUCCGCCGCUUCACCGCCAUAUCCACCCUUUCUUUCGACUUCUCCGACGACCUUUUAAACCAAGUCUUAACCAAACUAAAAUUAAACCCAAACGCGUGUUUACAUUUUUUUAAACUAGCUUCGAAGCAACAGAAAUUUAGACCACAUGUUAAGUCAUACUGUAGAUUAGUUCACAUUCUGUCGAGGGCGCGUAUGUUCGAUGAAACGAGAGCGCAUUUGAGGGUACUAGUUGGGUUCUGUGAGGAAGAUAGUCGUUUGGGUUUGUAUAUUUGGCAUCAGUUAGUUAGGUUUUAUCGGGAAUUUGGAUUUUCUCCUACGGUGUUCGACAUCAUCUUGAAGCUGUACGCUGAAAAAGGGUUGACAAAGAAUGCACUCUACGUGUUCGAUGAAAUGUGUAGGUUGGGAAGAGUGCCUAGUUUGCAUUCUUGUAAUGGUUUACUGAGUGGUUUAGUCCGGAAGGAAGAGUUUCAUUCCGUUUUUGUAGUCUAUGAUCAGAUGAACACGAUUGGACUUGUGCCUGAUGUAUGCACUUGUAGUAUUAUGGUGAACGCAUACUGUAAAGAUGAGAAAGUGGGAAGAGCUGUAGAGUUCAUGAGAGAGAUUGAGGAGGACAUUGGUGUGGAGCCUAACAUAGUAACAUACAAUAGUUUGAUCAACGGGUAUGUUUCUAUGGGUGAUCUCAGAAGUGCAAAAGGAGUUUUGAGAUUGAUGAAUGAUAGACAUGUGUUCAAGAAUGUGGUUACAUAUACCCUGAUCAUUAAGGGAUACUGCAAACAAGGGAAAAUGGAAGAAGCUGAAAAGUUUCUUAAAGAAAUGAAAGAGGAGAAUCCAUCAUUCAUCUUAGAUGAACAAGCUUAUUGUGUUUUGAUAGAUGGGUUUUGUCAAAUAGGAAAGAUGAAUCAUGCUGUUCGAAUUCAAAGUGAGAUGUUAAAAGCAGGAUUGAAGUUAAACUUGUUUAUUUGCAAUUCGAUGAUCAAUGGAUACUGUAAACUAGGCCAGGUCAAUGAAGCUGCAAAAAUGGUAAAAAGUAUGAGUAAAUUAAAACUGAAGCCAGAUUCUUACUGUUAUAAUACUUUGAUAGAUGGAUAUUGUAGGGAAGGUUUUAUAUCCAAGGCUUUUGAUCUCUGUGAAAAGAUGGUUCAUGAUGGCAUAGAUGUAAAUAUUGUAACUUAUAAUACCCUUUUGAAAUCUUUUUGCCAAGAUAACAACAUCAACAAGGCUUUACAACUUUGGCAUCUCAUGAUAAAACGAGGUUUGACACCUAAUGAAGUUGGAUAUGGUACUCUACUUCAUUGUCUCUUUAAAGUUGGAGACUUUAAAGGAGCUUUCAUGUUAUGGAAACAGUUUUUAGCUAAAGGGUUUAUUAAACCUGUAAUUGGGUUUAAUAUAAUGCUUAAUGGACUAUGCAAAAUGGGUAAAAUGGAUGAAGCAGAAAAAGUUUUUGAUAAGAUGAAAGAACUCGGUUGUCCACCAGACAAAAUUACCUAUAAUACCCUUGUUGAUGGGUAUUGUAAAGUUGGAAACAUGGAAAGGGCUCUUGAAAUUAAGGACAUUAUAGAUACAAAAAAUUUCUCUUUGUCUAUUGAAAUGUAUAACUCUCUUAUUACUGGAUAUUUUAGAUGUGGGAAAAUGAAGAUGAAGAAAGUCACAGAUUUACUCGGUGAGAUGCAUAACAGGGGAAUAAUCCCCAACAUUGUAACAUAUGGAGCCCUAAUUUCUGGUUGGUGUAAAGAAGGGAAGCUGGAUAAAGCAUUCACUACAUAUUCUGAAAUGAAAGAAAAGGGUUUUACUCCUAAUGUUAUCAUAUGUAGCACAAUGGUGAGUUCACUUUAUAGAAAUGGCAUGAUUGAUGAAGCAAACAUGUUACUUCACAAGAUAAUGGAUUUUGAUCUUUUACCAAAGGACAAAAGUCUUGAGAAAUUCUUCGAGUGGGAUAUGAAAAAGGUAAAUCUCCAAAAAGUUUUUAACAUAAUUGAUGAAGUUGUGGAAUCCACUUUUCUUCCAAACAAUGUUGUGUACAAUGUAGCAAUUUCAGGGUUAUGUAAAGUUGGAAAAGUUGAUGAUGCAAAAAAAUUCAUUUCUGUGUUGUUGGAGAAAGGAUUUGUUCCUGAUAAUUUCACUUAUUGUACCCUAAUUCAUGCUUUAUCGAGUAAUGGUGAAGUUAAUGAGGCUUUUAGUUUGCGUGAUGAGAUGUUGACAAAAGGUCUUGUUCCUGAUAUUGCUACAUAUAAUGCUUUGAUAAAUGGGUUGUGUAAAUCAGGGAAUGUUGAUAGAGCAUUGAGACUCUUUUAUAAACUUAGGUCAAAAGGGGUGGAUCCAAAUGUUAUUACUUACAAUAUUUUGAUGGAUGGAUGUGAUAAGAAUGGAAAUAGUUGUGAGGUAGUGAAAUUGAAAGAGAAAAUGGUGAAAGAAGGUAUUGCUACUUCAAUUGUGACAUAUUUAAGUGAAGUGAGAGAAGUUGCUAGCUGA